AUGGACAUUGGGUACGGUUGCUUUGUGAUAAGGUUUGAAAAUCGUAAAGAUUACCUUUACGUGCUCCUCGACGGGCCUUGGAAGAUUUUUGAUAAUUACCUUGUCAUCCAACGUUGGGUUCCAGAUUUCAAGCCAAGGAAGGCUAAGCUUUCAAAAAUGGCAGUCUGGGUUAGACUGCCGGAUCUCUCGGUUGAGUACUUCAGAGACGAUGCCAUGAAAGCUAUCCUGGAAAACGUGGGUAAACCUUUGAAGUUGGAUCGAACUACGGCCGACAGGGAACGCGGGCGCUUCGCGAGAGCAGCAGUAGAGGUUGACUUGGACAAGCCUCUGGUUACAGAGAUUUGGGUAAGGGAUGAAGUACAAUAUGUUGAGUACGAGGGCUUGCACGUUGUGUGUUUUGGUUGUGCCAUGGUUGGCCAUCGCGAACAGUCAUGUCCUUUAAAUUCGGCCAAGUCGCCGGAAAUGCCAAUCUCAGACCUGAAUGCAGAGCCUCAGGCUGAAUCUGAACAACCACAACAACAGACUCCCGUAGCACAGCCAAUGGCGACGGGAACGGAAAAGCGGCCCUACGGCUCCUGGAUGCUCGUGACCAGGAAAAAAAUUAAUAACAAGAUGAAUGGGCAGAAGAAUGCUCAGCAGCAUAGCCGGAGCCAAACUACAAAGGCUCACUCAAAUGAUAACCGUUUUGAAGCGUUGGCCGGCAAUACUGACUCGGGAGCUACCGAGAGGGUGAAUCCACCGAGAUCACACAAUGAGAAGGGUUCUAGCUCACGCCAUAUUAAUAACAUUCCUAGAGGUGGCAUGCAAGCUAAAGGUCGUGGCAAUACUAGAGGAGGUAGACGUGGUGGCCGCUCCUUCACUCUGGAAAUGCAAAGGGAAAAUGCAUGGCUGAACCAGCAGCCGACAGCUGGCGUUUUCACGUUUGGAGGAACCCAGUCUCCUUCAGGGUCCUAG